AUGCCGGCCGCCGAGAAGGCACCCCAAACCCUCUACGAUAAGGUCUUUCAGGCCCAUAUUGUCGACGAGAAGCUCGACGGCACCAUCCUUCUUUACAUCGACCGCCAUUUAGUGCACGAAGUCACGUCACCACAAGCCUUCGAGGGUCUCGAAGUCGCCGGCCGGAAGGUUAGGCGACCGGACUGCACCCUAGCCACUACCGACCACAAUGUACCCACGACGUCGAGAAAAGCUCUCAAGGACAUCGCGAGCUUCAUCCAAGAAGACGAUUCGAGGACACAAUGUGUGACCCUUGAGGAGAACGUGAAGAAGUUCGGCAUCACAUACUUUGGUCUCAGUGACAAGCGCCAGGGCAUCGUACACGUUAUUGGUCCUGAGCAAGGUUUCACUCUUCCCGGCACCACCGUGGUCUGUGGUGACAGCCACACUUCCACCCAUGGAGCGUUCGGUGCUCUUGCCUUUGGUAUAGGUACCAGUGAGGUUGAGCACGUGCUUGCCACCCAGUGCCUCAUCACCAAGCGCAGCAAGAAUAUGAGGAUACAAGUCGACGGCGAGCUCGCCCCCGGUGUCAGCUCUAAGGAUGUGGUCCUCCACGCCAUUGGCAAGAUCGGCACCGCCGGUGGUACUGGCGCUGUUAUCGAGUUCUGCGGUUCCGUCAUUCGUUCCCUUAGCAUCGAGGCCCGCAUGUCCAUCUGCAACAUGUCCAUUGAGGGCGGUGCCCGUGCUGGUAUGGUUGCCCCCGACGAUAUCACCUUCGAGUACCUCAAGGGCAAGCCGUUAGCUCCAAAAUACGGAAGUGAGGAGUGGAAUCGCGCCGUUGCCUACUGGAAGUCACUGCGCUCUGACCCGGACGCCAAGUACGAUAUCGACGUCUUCAUUGAUGCCAAGGAUAUCAUCCCCACCGUUACCUGGGGCACCAGCCCCGAGGACGUCGUACCCAUCACUGGCGUUGUACCGGACCCCGACACGUUUGCCACCGAGGGCAAGAAGGCCGCGGGCCGCCGCAUGUUGGAAUACAUGGGCCUGGUGCCCGGGACCCCCUUGGAGGAGGUAGUGGUUGACAAGGUUUUCAUUGGUUCGUGCACAAACUCGAGAAUUGAGGACCUGCGUGCCGCUGCCGCGGUGGUCAAGGGCAAGAGGAUAGCUUCCAAUAUCAAGCGAGCCUUGAUCGUGCCCGGGUCCGGUCUCGUCAAGGACCAGGCGGAAGCGGAAGGCCUCGACAAGGUCUUUACUGAUGCCGGAUUCGAGUGGAGAGAGGCUGGGUGCAGCAUGUGCCUGGGUAUGAAUCCCGAUAUCCUCGCGCCCAAGGAGAGGUGCGCCAGCACGAGCAACCGCAACUUUGAGGGUCGCCAGGGUGCUCAAGGCCGUACACAUCUCAUGUCUCCCGUCAUGGCCGCCGCGGCCGCCAUCGUCGGCAAGCUUGCCGAUGUCCGGAAGAUCUCGCAGUUCAACGGCAGCCCGCACAUCGAAGCCUCGGUAGAACCCACACCUACAGCUUCCGGGAAGGCUCACCCCGAUGAGCGCAUUGAGUCCGACGAUCACGAGAAGGAAGCUUUGGCCGACCAGCCUGAAGACUCGUCCCCACAGGUCAAUACUUCGGUCACUCGUAGCGGCGGUGGUGUCUCCGCGGGUCUUCCCAAGUUUACUGUGCUCAAGGGGAUCGCAGCGCCGAUGGAAAAGGCCAACAUCGACACCGAUGCAAUCAUCCCCAAGCAGUUCCUCAAGACCAUCAAGCGCACAGGUCUUGGCUCAGCUCUCUUCUAUGAGAUGCGUUACAGCGCGCCGGGCGUGGAGAACCCAGAUUUCGUUCUUAACCGCGAGCCAUUCCGGUCCGCCAAGAUCAUUGUCUGCACGGGGGCUAACUUUGGUUGCGGUUCCUCGCGCGAGCACGCACCGUGGGCGCUCAACGACUUCGGUGUCAAGAGCGUCAUCGCGCCGUCAUUUGCCGACAUUUUUUUCAACAACUCCUUCAAGAACGGCAUGCUCAUGAUUCCCAUUCAGAGCAAGGAGGACAUCGAGCGCGUCCACGCCGAGGCAGUUGCCGGGCGGGAGGUUGAGAUCGAUUUGCCAAAUCAGCUGAUCAAGGAUGCCGAUGGCAACACGCUGUGCUCCUUUGACGUCGAAGAAUUCCGCAAGCACUGCCUAGUCAACGGGCUCGACGACAUCGGCCUGACGAUGCAACUGGAAGACAAGAUUUCCGACUUUGAGCAAAAGAUGUCGCGCGAGACCCCAUGGCUGGAUGGUUCUGGCUAUCUCAAGCGUAAGGGUGUGGGCGGCAAGCUGGCUGUCAAGGCCGCGCCGGUGCCCAAGACGAACCGUGGGGACGUCAAGACGGAACCGCUGGAGUGGUAA